GGAAAUUAAAUGGGUUCGCUUGCGGCUUUGGUAAUCUACAAACCCUACAUUUCUCGUCGGUUUUUCCGAUCUUCGGGCACUGUCAAUACAGCAUGGCCGCCGCCAGAACAGUCCUCCGUUCCGCCGCCACAUCAACUCGCAUUGCCUCGGCGAGACAAUCCGCCUCCAUUUUCAGAUCUCCUGUGGAGACGAGCAGUUUCAGUGGAGCUUCAAUUUCUCCACACCUCGGUCAAUUCGGGAAUUUAGAUGGAAGAAACUUCUCAACUAAGACGAGGAAAUUUCGAUUUCAGCGCAGAAUCGAUAUGAAGCGAAGCACCUCGGCUACAGGAAUCGUGGAAAGGAUAGAGUACGAUCCUAAUCGAACUUCUCGGAUCGCUCUAGUACGAUGGGAAGGCGGAGCUCUCCAAGGAAAAUCCAAGGCGGCGGCGGAUAUCGCGCUGCCGGCGGAGAGCCUCGAAUCCACUGUUGCCCCACCCACCGGUGCGUUUAACUUCUCCUCCCUGCCGGGGUUGCUGGAAUACAGAAGCUCAGCGUACUCUUCUAAAGGAGGAAAUAAGCAAACUGCGAAGUCUACAUAUGUAAUGGUUGGAGUACCUUCGUCGAAAAGCUGCUUUAAUGAAGGUUCAAGAAGCAAAAUUACUAACGGGAAGGAUGUUAUCGUCUCUGCUUUCUCUACGAAGGCCAAGGGAGAGAAUGCGGGUAUAUCUGAUGGUGUCCCAAGGAUAGCGGUGGCUGGGUCGAGGCCGGCUUACUUCGUUUUGGGAGAGAAAGAGGAAGUAGGAGGGAAGGAUGCGUUCACUCUUGGAGAGGUACAGAAGUGGAAGAAGGAUAGCGCUCGAUGGAUGCAUAGGAUCAAGCGUAAAGGGGCAGUUUCGUGGUCUAGUUUGAUGGGGCAAGAGAAGUUAGGGCUUAAGGGAUUGAAGCCGAGGAAUGGUGGCAAGGAAAAGACUGGGAAGCUCGGUGAUGAUCGUGUUCCUGUCACUUAUAUCAUAGCUAGUCAUCAGUUGGGAGAAGGCAACUUGGUGAUGAAUUGGUCCGGAGCUUCGAGUAGCAGCUCGUCUCAAUAUGCUAAAUAUGGUAAUAGAUAGUACCAACUUUGAUUGCAAAUUGAGAUCUGAGUAGAAGAAUAACAAAUUCCAAUUUUACUUGUGCUUUGGUUAAGCUUUCUAGUUGAACCUAUCUUUAUAUGAUUGUAAUACACAAUCGUGGAGCGAAAGCAAAGAUUGUGUUGGCUUCAUCAUUCUCUGUUUCUUCUCGUGGUAAACAGUAAUUUUUUCUUGAAUUCC